AUGACUGGCAAUAAUGACAACACCGGUUUGACGGAUAUUGUCGUGACAGACCCUGUCGUCGCUGAACAAAAUAAGUUGAUUGCACAGUUGGUGCAACAAAUCGCUGAGAUGAGAGUUGAGAUACAAAAAAUCGAGAGUUGUCAAAAUUGGCUAUCGCCUCCAACACGCCGGUUCCAGGCGAGGGAAGGCCUCCAUUCCAUUUCCCUUCUCCAAAUUCAAGAACGGGAGUGGAGGGCGAAAGAAGAGACAUCCAAAUGGAAUAUGAAAGAGGAGAUCAUGAAAUCUAUAAAGGAGUUUCAUUACACUCCGGAUGUUGCAGGACUAAAUUAUGAAGAUUUGUGUAUCCAUCCGAAUUUGGACCUUCCCGAAAGGUUCAAAGUGCCAAAAUUUGAUACUUUUGGAGGAACUGGAAAUCCUUUGGCUUAUCUGAGAGCAUACUGUGAUCAACUAGUAGGAGUUGGGAAGAACGAAGCUUUGUUAAUGCAGCUCUUUAGCCGAAGUUUAAGUGGAGAGGCCUUAGAAUGGUUCAGCGCUCAAGAAAUAAAACAAUGGUCUAAUUGGAAUGCUUUGGCCAGAGAUUUUAUCGAGAUCGAACAGAAAUCCACUAAAAGUUAUCGCGAGUAUGCAUACAGGUGGAGGAAAGAGGCAGCCAGAGUUCGACCUCCCAUGAUAGAGAAAGAGAUCAUGGAAGUAUUUGUACGCAUGCAAGAGCCCGAAUACUAUGAAAGAUUAAUGUUGCUUGUUGGAGCAAAAUUUGCUGAGAUAGUCAACGUAGGUGAGACUAUCGAGGAUGGACUCAAGACCGGAAAGGUAGCUCGUGUAGCCUCCUCAAUUGGGUCAUCAGGGUUGGUUAAAAAGAAGAGAGAGGAUGUAUCUACCAUCUCCUACACACCUGAAGGGAGGGGGUUCGCCAACAGCAAGCCAAGAAAACCCACACCUUUCAAUACCUAUUCACGAGGUCCACAAAAUUCACAUCAAGUUUACUACACUCAAUCGAAUUACCAAACCCCACCUUCCAAUUACCAAACCCCAUACCCAAAUGACCAAGUCCAGUUUAACAGUUAUCAAACUCCACCUUCUAAUUACCCAGCUCCACAUUACCAAAACACCCCGCCAAACUACCGAACUCCACAACCAAAUUACGAGACCCAAUUGUACCCAAGAUUCCAAACUCCCGCACCUUCUCGCCAAAAUCGUCUGAGUUAUCGCCAUAUGCCACCACCCCCACAAAAUAACUACAACCUUUCCCAACCCAAUUUUAAAAAUAGGCUCGCCAAGAAUUUCAAUCCUCUGGUGGAAAGUCGGACUCAGCUGUUUGAAAGAUUGAGAGACGCGGGCAUUAUUCACCCCAUUGUACCUAAACUGGCUGAUACAAGCUCUAGAUUCUUCAGAGCUGACAAAACAUUUGCGUAUCAUUCCAAUAGUGUUGGGCAUGAUAUUGAAACUUGCAUUAAUUUGAAGCACAAGAUUCAGGAUUUGAUUAAUCGUGAGGUCAUCACUCUCCAAACUGUCGCCCCUAAUGUCAAUAGUAAUCCUUUGCCAAAUCAUGGAGGGGUUAAUAUUAACAUGAUUGAGAUGGAAGAAGAUUGGUGUGUAAUAAAGGCCAUAGUCCCAACCUAUACUAACAGCCUUGAAAUGGCUGUGGCUUCACUAAGCAUAAAAGAGAAAUCGAAUUUUAUGAUUUUGACACCUCAAAGUGUUGUUGCUUUGGUGCCGAAAGAAGUUCCUAACCAAAAGAAGUUCGUGAUCGAGACUGUGGCAACUCAGGGAAUGACGCAUUCUGGUAGGUGUUACACCCCAGAAGAAUUGGCUCAAAUAUGGAAUAAGAAAGAUCAACAAAAAAGACCGAUCAGUGAAGCUGAGGCUGAAGAGUUUUGGCGGAAAAUGCAGCCAAAAAAGUAUUCUAUAGUAAAGUAUCUGGAGAAAGUACUUGCCCAAAUCUUAGUGUGGGCAUUGUUGAUGAGAUCACAACAGCACAGACAUGCUUUGAUGAAAGCUUUGGAUGACACUUAUGUACCCGUAGGUACAGAUGGAGAUAAUCUGGCUGCUAUGGUGAGUCGAGUUGUUCAAGGACACCACAUCAGUUUUAGCAAUGAAGAGUUACCAUUUGAAGGGAAAGUCCGACAAAACCAAGUUAAUGUAAGGGCUUUCGAUGGGGGUCAAAGAAAUACGUUAGGUGCUGUGAAUUUGGAUAUUCAAGUAGGGCCUGUUGAUUUCAUUAUAGAGUGCCAGGUGAUGGACAUCACCGCCAGCUACAACCUACUGUUAGGAAGACCGUGGAUCCAUAUGGCUGGAGCCGUUCCCUCUACUCUCCACCAGAUGAUAAAGUUCGUGAAGAAUGACCGUGAGGUGGUUAUUUACGGUGAGGGGAGGCAUUCAAACAGUUGCGCAUCAAUUAUUGAUGAUAUUGCCAGAGGUAUUGAUUUCUAUACAGUUGAGCUGGUGAAUGCCAUUGAUAACGAUUCUGCUCCACAACCUCUUAUGCCUUCUGUUUAUAAAAUGAUAGCCACUGUCAUGCUCCAAAGCAAGGAUGACGAGAUAGAUGUGACAGGCAGGAGUAUUAUUCAGGUGUUGUCCAGGCCAAUACCUCAUUUGUAUCUGUCAUUUCCCGUGCGGGAUCAUGUAAACGAUGGCGAUCUUAGGGAAGGAAUUUGGAAUCUUUUUGAGGAAGUUGACAUAAUCUUGGAGGAAGAAACGGGGACGUCGGGCAUCCGUGAUGCAAAGCUAGAGGAGCAAUUAUCUAAUUGGACGUCCGCACUGCUCUUAGCCCCUCACUCGUCUUGUAAAAAUAACUUAAAACCUGCUAAUAUCAUGUCAUGUCACAAGCUAAAUGAACAAAAUAAGGUAGAGGGUGAUGAGUUCAAGGAUUAUGAUGAAGAAGCUGUGAUACCUGAACACCUCACCGAGGAGUUGAAACAAUUUGAGGAGCAAUGCAAACCAAAUCAAGAGAAAACUGAGGCUGUGAAUCUGGGAAACGAUGAGUGUAUCAAGGAAACCAGAAUUAGUGUCCAUUUAGCAAAGGCUCAGAGGAUGGAACUUAUCAAUCUGCUUAGAGAGUACAUAGAUAUAUUUGCUUGGUCUUAUGAUGACGUGUCAGGUUUCAGCAAAGACAUCAUUUCUCAUAAAUUGUCGAUCAGCUCGGAUUGCAGUCCGGUGAAACAAAAGACUCGAAAAUUCAAGCCAACUUUGAGCUUGAGGAUCAAGAAGGAGGUUACUAAGCAGAUUCAAUCCAAAGUUGUGGAAGUGAUGCAGUAUCUGACUUGGUUAGCAAAUAUCAUUUCGGUGCCAAAAAAGGAUGGAAAGAUUAGAAUCUGUGUUGAUUAUAGAGAUCUGAAUAAGGCUAGCCCUAAAGAUAACUUCCCGUUGCCGAAUAUCCAUAUUCUCAUUGAUAAUUGUGCCAAGCACGAGAUGCAAUCGUUCGUGGAUAGCUAUGCGGGUUAUCACCAGAUUCUAAUAGAUGAAGAAGAUGAAGAAAAGACAGUUUUUAUCACACCAUGGGGCAUGUAUCAUUAUCGGGUAAUGCCAUUUGGUCUCAAGAAUGCUGGGGCCACUUACAUGAGAGCCAUGACAACCAUUUUUCAUGAUAUGAUUCACAAGGAAAUUAAAGUGUACGUGGAUGAUGUCAUUAUCAAAUCCCGCAAGAGUGCAGAUUAUUCAAUGCAUUUGAAGAGGCUAUUGAAAAAAGAUGCUUUGACAGAAUGGACGAAAGAAUGUCAGACAGCUUUUGAUGCUAUCAAAAGUUACUUAUCUAAUCCACCGGUGCUAGUUCCUCCGAGGGAAGGAGUUCUAUUAUUGCUAUAUCUGUCUGUCUCAGAUAAUGCAUUUGGAUACGUGCUAGGUCAACAUGAUGAGACUGGAAAAAAGGAAUGA